AUGGAGUCUGUACAGAAGGCCGUACGUGAUGCCGCUGACGGCUUGCGAAACCUCGCCUUCGGCCCACAGCAAGUCACAGAGGCUGCUACUCAGCAUGGCGAGGAGCCUGUCUCCGGCGUACAGGGUCGAGGAACGCCGACUGAUCCGUACGACGCUGGGAACAGAGAUGAACAACCAGGCGCCCCCCAAACUCAAGACAACACCGCCGUCAUCCCCGAGCCACUCGAAUCCAUUACACCCAUUGAAAUCAAGGCCACGGACGUCAGUUCCGCCCAAAGCACCUCGGACCAGGGCCCCGGAGCCGGAGCCGGAGCCGGAGCAGGGCUCACUACCGCUCUCCCUGUAGCUCCGCAGCCAUCCUCUACACCUGCACAGGAAAAGUCGCAGUCGCAAUCUACAACCCCCAACACCAACCUAGAAUCCGGAUCCGGACCCGGCAACCCAGCCGUGGACGAACCCUCGCCCGCACAAGAGCAGUCGAAUCCCACCGCCAGCUCGGCAGACACCACCACCAGCACCGGCACCGGCACCAGCAACAGCAGCACAGGAAGCUCAAGCAGCAGCAACAACAACAACGCACCCACCCACUCUGAGCCCGAGAAAUCUGCCCCCGAACAACGAUCUCAGACCAUGCCCGACGGCGACAGCAGCUCGCAGCAGAACGAGGACGGCGGCGUACCUGGCGGUGUUGAGCGCGCUCCGCCUACCACUACGCAGCAGGUAAGCGUCGAGGCGCUGAAGGGGCCGCAGGGUCCUGCGCCUCGGGAUGCGUAUGAGUUUGAGAAGGAGAUCGAUGGGCAGCCGUCGAAGACGAGGACUGGUUAG